CUGUGCUGACGAGCCGUUGCUUGUGGAAACAGCUGGUGGUUUCUGUCCGCGAACUGCUCGGAUUGAGAGCGGCAACGCGGCGAAUAAAAGUUCAAAUUAGACCCGAAACUGACCGAGAACGCUUGGUAUAGAGCCACCGCUCCCGUUCCGACAGAAGCCGAGCGAUGUCAUCCCGCGAACACCACUUUAUCGGGCGGUUGUUAAUUAACGAGCGCGCGUGUUAGCGUUCGCCACCGGCCGGCGGCUAACGUCGCUAGCUAACUUUCUGCUCUCAGCAGCAAGUGCAACGACAGAAGCUCUGAGCCGCUGCUCGAACGCUGGCAGCCGUUGGUUUUUUUUGCCUGACGGCACAGGAGCGUUUUUUUGUUUUGUUUUGUUUUGUUUUUUUGACUCGGGUUCAACAUGACUCACAUUCAUUAUAAAUUCUCCUCCAAACUUAGCUACAACACGGUGGUUUUUGACGGCCCGCACAUCACGCUGAUUGACCUGAAGAGGCAGAUCAUGGGCAAGGAGAAGCUCCGGGCCGGGGACUGCGACCUGCAGAUCACCAACGCCCAGACCAAAGAAGAGUACACAACAGAUGAAGAUCUCAUCCCAAAAGGCUCCUCCGUCAUCGUCAGGAGAAUCCCCAUCAUUGGUGCCAAGUCCAGCUCGAGUGGCAAGACCCACAACAGUGAGCGAUCAGAUGGCCAGGUCCACCACAGCUUUGGAGCCAGCAGAGCCAUGGAUAGCCGCAGUUCCGCCAAAGCCUUAUCAUUUUUCUCCAAGAUCCAGAUGGCUAACCUGGCUGACGCUGAUGUGUCGGAGGAGGAUAAGAUCAGAGUAAUGAUGAAUCAGUCGACCUAUGACCCCAUGAAUAUGAACACAAAGAUUGGAACUGUCCUUCCAGACAACUACACCUGUUACCGCUGUGGAAACGGUGGUCACCACAUCAGGAACUGUCCAGUAAGUGUGGAGAAAAACUUUGAUGGCCCUCCAAGGAUAAAGAAGAGCACAGGAAUCCCUCGGUCAUUCAUGGUUGAGGUGGAUGAUCCCAGUAUUAAAGGAGUCAUGCUGACUAACUGUGGGCGUUAUGCGAUUCCUGCCAUAGACGCAGAAGCGUAUGCUAUUGGAAAAAAGGAGAGGCCUCCGUUCAUUCCACAGGAGCGACCCAAAUCCGAAGGCGAUGAUGAUCCCAUACCUGAUGAACUCCUCUGUCUGAUUUGUCACGACCUGCUGGGCGAUGCUGUGGUCAUACCCUGCUGUGGAAACAGCUACUGCGAUGACUGCAUUCGGACUGCCUUGCUCGAUUCAGAGGAUCACGUCUGCCCUACCUGCGGCCAAUCGGACGUUUCUCCUGAUACCUUGAUCGCCAACAAAUUUCUCAGACAGGCCAUAAACAAUUUUAAGAAAGAACAAGGGCAAAUGAAAAACCUGAAAAGAAGAACGGGGACAUUGCAGUCACAGAAUGAAACUCCGACUCAAAGCCCUGCCCCUACUCCUACCCCUACCCCCCCUCAGCCUAGCAUGCAGAGCCACAUGCAGAAGCCUCUCCAAUCAGUCUACAACCAGCAGGCUGCAAAAACAGCGUCCUUAUCUCAGGGUCCCGACUUUUCCCUUGUAGCAACAGAGCCUGCCUCUGCUGACAGCCAAUCAGUGACAUCUAACAAUGAGGCUGAAGGAAAGACAGACGGUGACUCAGCAGCUGCUGCCCCGUCAGUGUUGGGUGCCAACAAAGACCCCCCCAGCGCUCCAUCACAGCUGAUACCAGUGGUAAACCAUGCUCAAAGGGAAGAGCUACCUCAGACACUCAGUGAGAAUCAGAAGCAUUUCUCCUCAGAUUCAACCCUGAAACUGCCUGAAUCAUCAGCCCCAUGGGAAAGCUCCUCCUCUGCAGGUUGUCCCACUGGUGGCUUGACUGAAUCUACCACCCCUCAGCCCCUUGCCUCCUCCUCAUCAUCCUUAUCUUCAUACUCAGCUACGCCUUCACCUCUCUUUCCCUCCCCCUUUUUUCACACACUAAUCCCAACUCACCAGCCUAACAACAGCUACUCCCCUGGAUACCCAGCAAUGACUCCCAACUGGAUGCACAACCCCCAAGGUGGCCCCAUCCCAUCCCUCUGCUCCUCUACCUCCACGUCCUCAAUCCCUGUCCUCAUGCCCAAGGAAUGGCACAGGCCUCAGAUAAAGAAAAAAGAAAGCUCUCUUCACAGACAUUCCUCCUCUCAUUCCAAAUCCAAGUCCUCGCGCUCCUACUCUCGCUCAUCAAGUCGCUCUGGUUCUCGUUCCCGGUCCAGGUCAAGAUCCCGCCCCUUUUACUCCAGUCACAGACAAGUCAGCUCCCGCUCUCAUAACCCCAGCUGUAGUUAUGGCUACAAACGGCCUCCCUCUACCACACCAUCCUCAUCUUCUUCACCUCAGGGUGGCUACCAUUCCAGAUCCAAGUCAUCUGCAGACAACUGGAAAAGCCGCCAUCCCAGCAGGAAGUCGGCUCCCAGCAGCCACAGCUCCAGGACGCGCAGGGAGCAUCUCUCAGGGAAGGAAACGGGAAGCUCAUCGAACGCUCAGUGCUCGAGCAGUGUCAGCAGCUUGGAGCUGGACCGGCAACGCUACCUGCAGUGGAAGAAGGAGUAUCACGAAUGGUACGAGAAAUAUUACAGCAGCUACAUCAGCCAGUUCCAGCACAUGCAUCUCCCCCCUCCUCCAUAUCCUGAAGAUUUAUUCAACCCAAAGCAAGGCUCUGCCACACUGGACAUCAGCUCGCUUUCGUCUGAUUCACCUGUUUACAGUCGCUCCUCCCCUACUGAAUCCUCCAGUGACGGUCACUCCACGCCCUCUCACCCCUCUAGUGACAGCAGUUCCUCUUCUUCUUAUAAACCCUACGACGGCCACUAUCCACCGUCCCACUCAUCCAGUCAUGGCGGCGCCAUGCUGCCUGAAGACGGAGCUCAACCAAGGGAAUUUCCAGGGAAGUCGGUGGCGAGGUACAGCUGUCUGCCAGCUACGCAGAGCAGAAGAGAUGAGGAACUAAAUCCAAAGGAAGAGAAAGUAGACAAGAAGCAACUAAUUCUAAAGAGUACUGACGAAUUAGGCUCCUUGGAGCUGCAGGGAAAAAAGAGAAUGGAACUAGAUGGAGGAGCAGAUAAUUCACAAUCCACUGAGUCAGCAGACACUAUAAAUGUCAGCAGUGCCAACAGGAAGGAGCCCAACAGUGAACCAAGUGUCUGCAAGCACGAUACCGCAGUAAGGCACAAAGCAUCUGUCAGCGCUGCUAGGCAGUCAGCCCCACCCCUCCUGAAACCAGACAAACCUCUGGAGAAAGACUUGAAAAGAAAAUCUGAGGUAGAAAUGGAUUUAGAAAAGGAGCAAGAGUGGAAGAAAGGCAAAGAUUCUGGCUCAAAGGAAGAAGUAGACAGGCGGCGCAAAAUAAAGCCCAGUAAACAGCCAGACAAGUUAGACUCACACAAAGGAGAGCAGCCUGGAGGCAGCAGAGCUCCCGACUCAAGAUCAGAUAAGAACAGAAAGAGAAAAGGGGAGGACUCACGGAGAAGUGAGAGAGAGAGUAACCUUACUGUUAAACCUCAAAGCAGCAAGUGCCCUAAAACUGAAAGUUCAGAACAACCUCAAAGACGAGAAAGUGAGUCCCUGAAACCGCUUGACAGAAAGAAACUGAAAACAGAGAAGAAGGAAGAGAGAAGAACCUGGCCAGAGGGAGACCAGGUGGGAGACAUCUGGGAAGGAGGAAUAAAGGUGAUACCGCAGAAGAGGAUAAGCAUCAACAUAAACCUGGACGUGAAAAGGAAUGACAAAACAGAUCUACAGCACUCGUCAGAUUUACAGACCUGCACACAGGAAAUCAAACAGGAGAGUGAUAUCGGAGAGGAAAAAUUAACCGAAUCCACCUCAGAAAUACAAAUGGAAGAAAAGAAUGCACCCAACCAGGAAAAUAUGUCAGAGGACAGAAUAAAAGCUGAUGACAAAGAGGAAAGACAGCUAUGCAGCAAAGCUGCCCUUGAAGAUGCCGGGGGAGAUUUGGGGAAGAGAGUUGCAAGAGAGGAAGAACAGGAUGGAAUGAGUAAAGACGAGGGGAUGGAGGAGUUGGACUUAUGGCACUGUGCGCUCAAAGCCGGGGAGGAGGAGGAGGACAGUAUCGCCAGAAAGGAAGGACCAGCAGAAGAAAUGGAGGAAUUAAAAGCUAACGGUAAAAACCAUGAGAUGGCUGAGUUGGUCCAAACUUCUACGAAUAAGAAAGAUGAGAACGAGGUCUCCUGCAGAGACGAGACUUCUGAGCCACAGAGGGAAGAGCACGGCACAGGAAGGUCCAGCUCACAGAGGAGCAGAGACCCCCAUGAUGGCCGCCAAACGCCGGGCGAUGGCAGUAUCCAAAUGGUGGACAGUGAGGAGAUUCAGAGGAGGACGACAGCAGGGACAGCUCUGCAGGAAGCAGCUGAAGGCUCGGAGAACAAGCUGAUAGUCAUGCAGAUGCUUUGCUCCAAAUCAGAGAAUAAUGAAGAAGAAAGGGAUCAAGGAAACACCAGAGUUGAUACUGACACCCUGGCUCUGUCUCAUCCAUCAGUGAUGCAGACCGGCAGAGGAGCAGCGGGAGAAAAUCAGCAACAGGGACACAGGUCAAUGGAGGAGGAGGCAGAAAGGGACAGAGGGAUGGCGAGAGGGAGAGACGAGGAGAGAGGGAGGCGCUCCUCUUCCUCCAGGUCCCUCUCCAGCGGGGCUCCCUCUGGUGGCAGAGACAGGACUGACAGAGACAGGGAGACGAGGACGGGGAGGGACCGGGGCAGACGGGGAGAGAGCGAGAGACAGAGAGAGACCAAAAGAUCAACGCAAGGAAGAAGAGAUGAAGAGAGGAGGGGAGACUGGGAGCGCAGCAAAACCGCCUCGGUGCAAAAGAAAGAGCUCCCCUCCUCCUCUCACUCCUCCUCGUCACAAGACACAGAGAGACCGGGCUGGCAACCAAGGGGCAGCCGGAGUUCCUCUCAGUCCCUCUGGAAAUCCUCCAGGGGCGGCAGCGAGAUAAACAGAUCAUCCAACUGGGCUGAUCAGAAUCCCCCCAGCACGCUCAGAGAUCUGUCCCAGGACUCCAAAAGUAAAGAGAAAGAUCUCCUCUCUCACUGUGGUAAUCACCAGGGCUACAGGGAGAAAGACAGACCUGCACAGACUCCCUACAAACCACCCUCCCUCUUCCACAACCACGGUCAGGACAGAAGCCCGCUCCCCUUUGGGCCCUCAGGAGGCCCUCAGUGGGGGGGGGCUCCUGAUUGGGGAUUAAUGCGAGGCAAAAGUCAAGACGAAAACAGGGCUGGGAAAGGAAAGUGGGAGUUAGAGAAGGUGCUCAAAGCCGAGAAGGAGGGCGAAGAGGAGAGACACAAUCCGGAGGCGUCAGCAAGCCACGAGAAGAGCAAAGAUGACAAGAGAGAAGAGGAGAAGGAGAAGAAACACAAAAAAGAGAAGAGACAGGCCACCCCAGAGCUGCAGGAAGGAGACCAAAGACGACAGAAGAAGUGGGAGAGCAGCAGAGAUUAA